CUCAGUGUGGAACCGCGAUGCGGAGGAGAGACGGAGCUGCCACGGCGUGAAGAGAAAAAAGAAAAGAAAAGAAAAAACAACAACAGCCGACAAGAAGUGCCGGACGAAGCACCUCGCGCGCGUCGCCAAGUAACCGCCACGCGAAGUGAACGGGGAUGCCGCUGACGGUGGCAGCAGCGCGGUUAGCUUAGCGCCCUCCAACUUCACCGGUCUCUAAAACCAGUUCGCCGCGACCUCAGUCCUCCCGUCACCUCUCGGCACGUUUCUCGCUCCUCGUUUAAACCGCGCUGGACAUUUCGACUUUCUCCGCUGCACGAAAACGCGCUCUGUCACGGAGGGAAGAGUGGAUGCCCGCGACUGGCUGCCUGAGAGCGGAUUCAAGAGGCGAGUCGAGGCAGCAGCAGCAGCCGUGUGAGCCCGGUGACGGUUCGGGGGGGAAGCGCCGAGGGUCUGAACUGAGCUGCUCCGCUGAAGCGAGUAUGAAGUCUGCAGAAGAAGAGGCUUUUAGCUACACGCCCAACGUGAGCCUGUCUCUGCCUCUGGGAAUGGGUAACCCCUGCCUGGCGUCUCAGUACCACAACCUGCAGACCAGCCCUGUCAUCUCUGUCUCCUCUUGCCACCAGGCGAGCUACGGUCUCCAUGAGAAUGCCAUGGGCCCAGGUUAUUAUUUGUCCCACGGGCUCAGGCCCAAUGGGGCUCCUCCUCUGGAGAGCCCCCGCAUCGAAAUCACUACUUAUGGCCAGAUGUCUGAAGAGGAGGUGGAGGAGAUUGGAAGCGUUGACCCCAUGGCCAAGCGGGUCAACAUUGUGACCUUGACCCUCCCCAGCGUCGAUGGCUACCGUGACCCCAGCUGUUUGAGUCCAGCCAGCAGCCUGUCCUCUCGCAGCUGCAACUCGGAGGCCUCAUAUGAGUCGGGCUUCUACAACUACGACAACUCACCCCAAAACUCCCCCUGGCAGUCUCCCUGCGUCUCGCCUAAAGGAUCUUCCUCCUUGCUCUCCUGCCCUCAUGCCCCAGGCUCUGUCCCCUCCCCCAACCACUCGCCCUCCACUUCUCCCCAUGCCACUGUAGCCAAUGACGACAGCUGGACUGGGGCUGCUCCUCGCAAUUCCCGCCCCAGCUCACCAAUCUGCAGCGUCGGUAGCCACGGUAAGCGGAAAUACAGUUUCAACGGCGCCCCCUACAGGCAGCCUUCAUAUUCGCCCAACCAGUCGCCCGGCGCCUCGCCUCAAGGCUCGCCCAGACUCAGCUGUGCCGACGAGACUUGGCUGGGCACCACCACCAACCAGUACACCAACUCAGCCAUCGUAGCUGCCAUCAACGCCCUCAGCACAGACGGCCUAGCCGACCUCGGAGAUGUCCCUCCCAAAUCCCGUAAAACUAACCUGGAGCACAGUCCUGCCAUGAGCCUGAAGGUGGAGCCUGGGGGAGACGACAUGGCCGUGAGCACAGACCUCUGCCAGGAGGACUACUCCAGCACCAACCGACUGCCUUUCAAGAAGGAAAGCUACUGUCCAGGCUUCCUGGAUGUGCCCCCACACCCUUACUCCUGGCCCAAGCCCAAGCCUUACAUCAGCCCGUCCCUGCCGGCUCUUGAUUGGCAGCUGCAGUCCUGCUCGGGCCCGUACAGCCUGCAGAUUGAAGUGCAGCCCAAAUCCCACCACCGCGCACACUACGAGACGGAGGGCAGCCGAGGGGCAGUGAAAGCCUUGUCGGGAGGACACCCCGUGGUGCAGCUCUACGGUUACAUGGAGAGCGAGCCUUUGACGCUCCAGCUGUUCAUCGGCACGGCAGACGACCGGCUCCUGCGGCCACAUGCCUUCUACCAGGUCCACCGAAUCACUGGCAAGACCGUCUCCACCGCCAGUCACGAAGCCAUGCAGUCCAACACCAAAGUGCUGGAGAUACCACUGCUGCCGGAGAACAACAUGCGUGCUAUAAUUGAUUGUGCUGGGAUCCUGAAGCUCCGCAACUCUGACAUUGAGCUGAGGAAGGGCGAGACUGACAUUGGUCGGAAAAACACUCGGGUCCGGAUGGUGUUCCGCGUCCACAUCAACCAGCCCAACGGCAGGACAGUGUCUCUUCAAGUGGCUUCUAACCCCAUAGAGUGCUCCCAGCGCUCGGCCCAGGAGCUGCCCCUGGUGGAGAAGCAAAGCCUGGACAGCUAUCCUGCUACAGGGGGUAAGAGGAUGCUCCUGAGUGGCCACAACUUCCUGCCCGACUCCAAGGUCAUGUUUGUGGAGAAGGCCCAAGAUGGCCACCAUGUUUGGGAAACAGAAGCCAAAAUCGACAAGGACUCUCUCAAGCCUACUUCCCUGGUGGUGGAGAUCCCACCGUAUCGCAAUCAGCGAAUAGCCAGCGCUGUACCUGUCAGCUUCUAUGUGUGCAACGGCAAAAGGAAGAGGAGCCACUACCAGCGCUUUACUUACCUGCCUCCAAACGUUCCUAUGAUAAAGACAGAGCCGACCGAUGACUAUGAGACGCAGGGUGCUCCAAGGAUGCCCAUGCACUCAAAACCCUACUACAGUCAACAGAGAUUGCCUCCCAUGAUGCCUUUGGGUGACACUGACCCCUGCAUGGUGGGUGGCUACUCUCCCUGCCCUCCCCGCCCCACUGCCAUGCCUUGUUCCUCCCCCGGCUCCAGCCCUAAGCUCCAUGACCUAUCACCUGUCCCCUUCCCUAAGUGCCUAAGCAGUAGCCCCACUCACUCCACCAUGCCUGGUAAUGUGGCCUCUCUACAAGACACACCCACACAUCCUAGCCUGGCCCUGCCCAGCUCCCCUGACCACACCUCCCUCACCAUGCCCCACCCCCAGGGCAGUCCACACCUCAGCAGCCCCUCUUAUCAUCCUCUCUACCCCAGCAGUAGCCCCUCCUCCUCUCCCACCUCCCACCCCUCUACGCCUGGUGCUGCAGCAGAAAGCCCCUACCUGCCACCCUUUGGGUCUGCCCAGCCAAGAGGAAGCCCGUCCAGCCUGUUGGCGGAGGACAGUAGCUCCCCUGCACUGUCUGUCACCAUCAAACAGGAACCGCAGGAGCUUGACCAGAUGUACCUGGAUGAUGUCAAUGAAAUCAUCAGGAACGACUUGUCAAGCACUUCCGCUCACGGUCACUCGUAGAUGGCCAUCGAGACGCCUGACGAAAGAAGGGACCAAGACGUCUUCCCUCUGAACCCGUCCACUCCUGGACACUGAGUCCCGGCAUUUAAAGUCGACAAUUCAAGAGAAACAACUACACUUGACUGAAUGUUUCACAUGAAAAGCCUUAAAUUCAACGAGGUGCAUGAAAGCACCGUCAGUGACUGUUCUCCUUUUUUAUUUGUUUUUGCUCUUGCCUUAAAUAGAACUUUUGCUCUUUUGUGGACCAAGAUUUCGCAGAGACUUUCCUUUAGUCUCUCUUAUGUGGUAUGUACCAUCGUUCAGGACCAAGGCUGUUAGACAGGGUCAGAAUAAUAGAGUAGCUGAAACGUCCCCACCUGUUCAUCACGCGGGACAGAUACUGCAGUGCCUUGCUGCAAGCACAAACCAGGAUGCAAUCCCUUUCUUCUUAUUCACUUCUUUUUUAUACCUUUUUUGAUUCAGUCACUUGUUUGUUUACAGUAAAUAUGAAAGGCUGGAAACGUGUAGGAAUAUGUGUGUGAAUAAAGUAGACUAGUGUUUAGACCAUGUUUUUUUUUUUUUCAUUUUUAUACCAUGGCAUAUACAUACAAAGACGUCUGUAGCGCUUUUUGUUUAAAUAUGUAUGUUUAAUAUGCUGUAAAUAUGCCUUAAUUUUCUGUUGUUGUCCCUUGUAUAGUGUGUAGUCUCUCAGUGAAAUUGGACCACCUCUACCUCCCCACCCUCACACCCCAGCACCACUGAUGAGAGCCCAGUGGUUAGAGAGCUUUGCUCAUUACUCACAGUAUAUUUGAAAUGGCACUUAGCUCUAAAGUUUGGGAAAAGCAGUCAUGUAAUUGGCCAAUAGCUUAAGUGACAUCUAGCUGCAGCCCGCAGACCUAACCCCAGAGGUUAGCCGACUAAGUUAGCUAACCAAGCUACCCAGUUAAUGCUAUAUAAAAGUGAAAAAUAUACUGUUUUAAGGUAAGUAUGUUCUGUAGUUACAUACGUUUUAAAAAUAAAGUUCAAAUCACGUUUGGCAUGUUAGCUAAAGCACUAGACAACAUGGUUAGGGAUAUAAGCUAACGCUAACCUUAACCUUAAUCUUUUUAAUUAUAAGGAAGCAGUUUACACUAGCUAACAUGGUUGGAGAAGCUAAUCAUAUCAGCGCAUGACCAAGAACCACCUACUUUGACAGGAAGGGGCCGUUUGGCUAACAUGAAUAAUGACCACAGACUAUUGUUUUUGUGUGACUUUUAGGGAUAGACGAGGUUCAAAAUGGAGCGAUAAUUUUUUUUUGAUGUUUUAACAAUUUUUUAAGGUCAAGCAAGUAAGAUUUUAAAUUCAUUGAACUUCUAAAAGCAAAUGAACAGAACAUUAAUCUGUUUUAAAUUCUGUUAACUUAUUUGAAGUUCAAUGAACUCAAAACUAGGGCAACCAGGUUACUUUUUAAGUUUAAGCAUUGAACUAUUUUUAUAAAGCACUGGGGAAAUUGUGAGGAUAUGUCGCUUACUAGCUUCUAAAUACUUAGUAUAUAAGUCUGAUUAUUAGUAUACAAAGUUUUAAAUGACUAUAUAUAUAUAUAUAUAAGAAAACCUUGUAUCUCCAAAAUGGAAACUUUGCAAAAGAAGGAAAAAACCUACGUUACUUUUAAUGUAAGUCAAUGGAACCAGACUUUUUUCCAGGUCAUUUUGGGUCAUUUCUUUUAAUCCAUUCAUCAUGAAGUUUACAUACAAUGUGGAGGGUAACAGGUCAUUUCAAAUUAUGUCAAAAACUAAAAAAACGUCAAAAAUGAAGAUACAAGGUUUUCUUCCGAUAACAGCGAUAUAUAUGAAGGAGCAUCCGUUGAAGCAGGGGUUUUCUCCACCCAGCCUGGGGAUUCACAAGAUCGGUCUGCAGGGCUGAGGCUAGAUAUGACUAGAUUGCUUUAGGUACAUGAAAAUUUUUUAUUUCAGUUAAAGCAUUUCUGCUUUGAACUAUUCCAGCUUUGGGAAACUGAAUCUGCUGUUGGCUUCUUUUUCCAGUGAUGGCACACAAAUCUAACAACGUCUAUGAAGAAAACAACAAAGCUUAUUAAGCAUACAACAAUGUGUGUAGUCAUAAAGGGGGAUGAUGUACAGUUUACGGAGACAAAGACCAGCAAUAAAUGACACGACACCAAAGGAUUUUACCGUGUAAUCGAUAGGUUUUCUAUAGUGUAGAGUCUGUCAGUAAUAGAGGAGUGCACUAACCUGUGUAGGCCAGUCGUCUAGGGAAGUGCUUCUUAAUCCCAGUCCAAAACUCUCGCUAUUCCAAAACACCUGACGGACCUAAUAACUGCCUAAUGUGUUAAACAAGGAGUAUAAAUAAACAUUAAAAACAAGCAGGACUGCGAUUAGGAACCAUUUGUCUACGAGGCAAAAUGUAAAAAAACAUUCUGUAUAAGACCAAAACUGAGAGGUCUCUUGUUGUCGAAGGCUCACUUCUCUUCUGUUGAAUGAAAAAUUGUCUUUCUAACGCAUGCACUUAAUAUCGAUAUCCAAUGUUUUGUUCUUUAUUGUGACAUGGAUACCUUGGGAUACUUUCUUCUCCUUGUAUAUGAAUGCAUGAUCGUGUGUAAGAGACCUUGUCCCUGUGCCUUAUUUUGCAUUGGCUCUGCUAAACAGGCUGAUUGUAUUCUCUUUUUCCCCAGUCAAGGCACACGGUGAAUUCAAUCUUGUAUCUUCUCUAAUAUGAAAUAUUUAUAGAAAUCUCAAGGGUAUUUUAUGUAUACAGUAUGCUUUCUGCUAACGAAACGAAUAAAAAAAUGAUUAUUUAAAA